AGCAUCAGCUAUGUUAGUUGCAUUUAACAUGCCCCACACUCAUGACUUCCCCUCUCAAUUAUUUUAUUAUUCCCUUUUUAUCCCUCAUUCUUCCCCUAAAUAACAUUCCUUGCCACUCAAAUUUCCUCUCUUCGAUCAUCUUCAGUUCAUCCCCUUUGAUUUUCUCUCUCCAAUUUUCAGCUCACAUUUUUUUCUCCAUUAAGCUGUCUGUACAAAACAGAGCAGAUUUUGUUUUGUAAUUUUUUUUUUUUUUUUGUAAUUUAUUUUGGCAAUGAAUGGAAGUUUUAGGGCAGAGGAAUCGGCAAUGAGGCAGUUACAACAGCAAAUGGGAAGUUUUAGGAAUUCAGUAAUGAAGGAGAAGGAAGAGGAGUUAGCUUUGUUUCUCGAAAUGCGUAGAAGGGAAAAGGAUAGAAAUGAUCUUCUUCUUUUUCAAAACGGCGACGAAUUUGAUGCUCAGCUUGGAUCAAAUGCAGGCGGUUCACCUUUAUUUAACAUUGGAUCAGCCACAACUGUUAGGAAGAAUGGUGCUGAUGAUUUCCUCAAUGCUGAGAAUGAUAAAAAUGACUAUGAAUGGCUUCUAACACCUCCCAGUACUCCUCUUUUUCCUUCACUUGAGAUGGAGUCGGAAAAAUCAAUGAUGAGUCAGCUGGGAACAGCUAAAGCUCGUCCAACUGCAUUAAAAUCUAGAUUAGCAAAUCCCCAGCCUGAGCCCUCUGGUAGAAGCAUUUUAGCAUCUAGACAGCCUGCUUCCACUCAUGGAUUAAAUACUUCAACUUCAGGACUUCGAAGACCAUCUUCAUCAGGUGGAUCAAGACCUUCAACUCCAACAGGACGACCCACAUUAAGCGCAAUAUCUGCUUUGACAUCAGCAUCUAGACGCACAUCUACUGCAGCAUCAAAAUCAAUGACAUCCACUGUAACCUCUAGAACAAUGUCUACCACAACCGCAUCUCGGCCAUCAAGGUCUUCAACCCCAACUUCUCGUGCCACCUUGCCUUCUACUAAAUCCACAGUUCCUCCAAGAUCUUCAACACCUACUGCCAGGUCUAGUGCAAGGUCCUCUAUUCCAACAACCAGAGCCUCCUCAACGCCCACAACCAGGGCCUCUGUUCCUGGAUCAAGGUCCACAUCAAGGGCAGCAACUCCAACUCGGCGGCCUACUUCAGUUUCAAGUACAGCUAAUGCUACUGCUCCUCCUGUUAAAUCCCCGUCAUCAGCUACCACAGCUACCACUACGGCAAGAAAUCCUGGAGCCUCACGUGCUAGUUCUCCAACUGUAAAGCCCAGACCAUGGAAGCCUUCAGACAUUCCAGGGUUCUCCCUUGAUGCUCCACCCAAUUUACGGACAUCACUAUCUGACAGGCCAAUUUCAGCUACAAGGGGUAGACCUGGAGCACCAAAUGUUAGAUCUUCAUCCAUCGAGCCAGUUACAAAUGGAAGGAUUAGACGACAAUCUUGCUCUCCAGCGAGAGGACGUCCUCCU